GAAAUGGUCAAGAGAAAGAGCGAGGAUGCGCAGCUGAGCGCUCGGGCCGCCACUGGAAAGAAUGCCCGGUUUGCAGAGUCGCCAAAGGUUACGAAGACGAGCAAAAAAUCUCAAAUCACCAAGCCCACAAAGACAUCCACCAAACCUGCCGUCGCAAACAAAGAUACCAAGUCCGACGUCGAGCACGAACCCGUCGCUAUUCAAAUCGUCACCGGAUCCUACGAAAGAGUCCUUCAUGGCUUUGCUGCGACUGUCUCUGGCGAUGUGAUUGAGUCCGACAAGUCAGAGGAAGCACAGAAAGAGCCCACAUAUUCCGAUACCUUCUUGUUCGCUGCGCACUCGAGUGCCGUUCGCUGUCUUGCAGUCUCCGCCCCCAAUGAGGCACACAAACGAGUGCUUGCGACUGGCAGCACCGACGAACGCAUCAACCUUUUCCACGUCUCCACCUCGCCGCCUGUCGUCAGCUCAAAACCUCAACUUCCCACCCUCUCUGCUACAAGCGUCAUUGAGAAUCCUCGCAACCGCGAACUCGGCAGUUUGUUACACCAUGCGCGCAGCGUCAACAAACUACAGUUCCCUACUAGAGGCAAGCUUUUCAGUGCAGCUGAUGACAAUACUGUGGCAAUCUCAAGAACGCGCGACUGGACCGUACUGUCAACAAUCAAGUGCCCUAUUCCCAAGGCUGUCGGACGUCCCAGCGGAGAUACUGCUGGACCUGGUGAAGUGCCUACCGGAGUCAACGACUUUGCGAUUCACCCUAGCAUGAAGGUUAUGGUUACUGUGGGCAAGGGUGAAAGAUGCAUGAGACUCUGGAACUUGGUCACUGGCAAGAAGGCGGGUGUGUUGAACUUCGACAAGAGCUUGCUUCAAGCUGCAGGCGAGGGACGAUACAGCAGCGGAGAGGGAAGAAAGCUUGUUUGGGGUGAGGACGGCGAAGAGUAUGUCGUUGGAUUUGAGAGAGGUGCUGUAGUCUACGGCAUGGACUCGAUGCCAAAAGCAAUCAUCCGGCCGUCACCACCUACCAAGCUUCACCAGAUGCGCAUAGUACCAGCCGGCGAGGGAAGAAGCAUCCUGGCACUCUCGACAGAGGACGGCAGAAUCAUUUUCUACGACUUGAAGACGACGGUGGAAGGUGACAAGGAAGACGAGGAGGUACCACAAUGCGCAGCGGUAGGUCAGCUGGGAGGCAACCAGGCUGGCUUCACAGGCAGAAUCAAGGACUUUGAGGUGUUGCAGCACAAGGCAGGUGCACCUCUGAUUCUCGUGACGGGAAGCAGCGACGGCGCAGUCAGGCUGUGGAAAUGCAACAUGUCGGAGAUUUCGGAAGGGGCUGUUGAGGGAGAAGUGCGUCAAGUCGGCACACCGAUAGGAACGCACGAGACAGGGCACCGCAUCACAUGCCUGGUUGCAUUCGUGAUGGAUGGCCCGGCGGAGGCAGCAGACGAUGAGGACGAGUUGGCGCAGGGUGUUCCUGAAGAGGCAGGCAGCGAUAGCGAAGAUGAGUAGAUAGGCUGUCGUCGAAACAAGCAUACACACCCGAUAAG